AUGGCCAAAAACAAAGACAAAGCAAGUUCUGAUUCUGAAAAUUCUUUAUUUUCAACAGGUUCAAACUCUUCAAUGGGUAAUAAGUAUAGAUACAUGUUUAACAGACUAUUCAGGUUUGCUAAUUCAUGGAAGAAAAGUAGCACACCAAGAGGUAGAAGAAUUUUCCACAGAGAUGUUGAAAAAGAAGAAUUUCAAUAUGCUAGUAGUCACUGCCUUUCAUCCUAUUACAGCGUUUUUGUGGUUAGAUUAGCAAUCAUGGUAAUGCUAGCAAUCUUGAUAGGGCUAUUGACAAUAUUAACAUGGCAUUUUACAAAGAUUUAUACUGCGAAAUCACUGAGUAGUUUGGCGUAUGGUUUGCGUUACGAACUUCUGCAACGUCCAAUUUUGAGGAUGUGGAAUAUUUUGAACUCUACUUCUGAAAUCACAACAGCUCAAGUCAAGUUGUCUCAAUAUGUUAUCAGACGUUAUAGCAAUCCUGCAAGUCAAGCAGAACAAGUUGAGCAGCUAUAUGAAGCAAUGAGAGCAGUAACAUGGUCACUGUUUGCAAGUAAAAAAGCUCUAAACUCGAUAACAAUAAAUUACAAGAAUGGAUUUGUUCAAGCAUUCCAUAGAGAUCUAAAAGAUAACAACACAUUUUACAUCUACUCGGAUCUUUCAAAUUACUCAAUGGUUGCAACAACCUCAAACAUGGUCAAUACCCUCUCAACUCAUCAAGCUUGGGAUGACAAAACAAUUCAUGGAAACUUCUCAGCAAUUUGGUAUAGAGAACCACUUGAUCCAGUCACGGGCGAAAAAAUCGGAAAAGCAAUGAAAAUUGCACCAGAAGAUUUAAUCAACAUCGCAGGACUUUCACAAGUUCCUGAUGGUGUAGCUACAUGGCAUGUAGCAGUUAGUAAAUUUACAGAUUCGCCUUUGCUUUCAGCAGCGUUACCUGUUUGGGAUUCUUCGAAUAAAAGUAUUAUGGCUGUUGUUGGUGUUACAACUGCAUUUUAUAGUGUUGGACAGUUAAUGAGAGAACUUGUUGAGAUGCAUAGUGGUCACAUGUAUUUGACUUCACAACAAGGCUAUUUGCUCGCAACUUCUACAAGUGCGCCUUUACUUACAAAUUCAACUAAGCCACCACCUAAGCUUAAGAUGGCUGUGGAUUGUGAAGAUGGUAUAAUAAGACUUGGUGCUGAGUGGUUGCAGAGAACUUAUGGGAAUCAUUUUCCUAAUUCAACUCAUGAGGUUCAUGUUGAGAAUGCUAAACUAGGUCACCAGGAAUAUUAUAUUGACUCAUUCUACCUAAACUUGAAGAGGCUUCCUUUGGUAGGUGUAAUCAUCAUACCAAGAAAGUAUAUAAUGGGACAGGUGGAUGAGAGAGCCUUCAAAACUUUGGUUAUUCUGAUAUCGGCAGCUUUGUGUAUUUUAGUCAUUGGGUGUGUUUGCAUUUUGAUAUUGACAAAUGGAGUGUCAAAGGAAAUGAAUCUAAGAGCAGAAUUGAUAAGUCAACUUGAAGCGAGAAGGAAGGCAGAGGCAUCAAGCAACUAUAAAAGUCAAUUCCUUGCAAAUAUGAGUCAUGAACUAAGAACGCCUAUGGCAGCAGUAAUUGGAUUGCUGGACAUUCUUAUAUCUGAUGAUUGUCUCACAAAUGAACAAUAUUCAACAGUUACUCAAAUAAGAAAAUGUUCAACAGCUCUACUACGUCUUCUUAACAACAUAUUGGAUCUAAGCAAGGUGGAAUCAGGAAAACUUGUACUAGACGAUGCAGAAUUUGACCUGGGACGUGAACUUGAAGGGCUUGUAGAUAUGUUUUCUGUUCAAUGCAUUAAUCACAAUGUAGAGACUGUUUUAGACCUUUCUGAUGAUAUGCCAAAAGUAGUUAGGGGUGACUCUGGAAGGGUUGUUCAAGUAUUUGCAAAUUUGAUCAACAAUUCAAUUAAGUUUACUACAUCUGGUCAUGUUAUUCUUCGAGGAUGGUGUGAAUAUCCAAAUUCUUGCGAUAGUCCAAACUUUUAUCUUGAUCAGAAGAAAUCAAGGAUUGUACAAAAGAACAAAGAGAAGCCAAAUGCAAAUCAUGCAAGGAGAAUAUCUAUGAGAGAUAACAACAAUGUGAUACUUUGGUUUGAAGUUGAGGACACAGGCUGUGGUAUUGAUCCCAGCAAAUGGGAUUCUGUGUUUGAAAGCUUUGAGCAGGCUGAUCCAUCAACUACCCGAUUGCAUGGAGGAACUGGUCUUGGUCUUUGCAUUGUUAGGAAUUUGGUUAAUAAGAUGGGUGGAGAAAUCAAGGUUACCAAAAAGGAGGGUCAAGGAACAUUGAUGAGAUUAUGUUUGCUUCUCAAAGCACCUAUGGACGUCACAGAACAACAGUGUCCACUAAAUUUGACAGACAAUGGCUUAGUGGUAUUGCUUGCACUACAAGGCAACAUGAGUAGAUUAGUAACAUCAAAGUGGUUAACCAAAAAAGGGGUGUGCACAAUGGAAGCAUCUGAAUGGAACGGACUGACUCAAGUUUUAAGGGAACUCUUUCAUGCAAGAAGUUCAAUCCAUAAUAACAACAACUUCGAUGCACACUAUCCAAUAAAUCUUGAAGGAUUCAAGUCCAAACUACUCACCAUAAAAGACAUGAGGAACCCAAUUUUUGUCAUUGUUGUUGACAUUAGUUUACUUGACUUAAGCACGGAUAUAUGGAAGGAACAACUUAACUUCCUUCACAAGUAUUUUGGAAGAGCAAAAUUUGUAUGGAUGUUAAACCAUGAUACACCUAAUACGAUAAAGAUGGAGCUCCGUAGGAAAGGUCACUUACUAAUGGUUAACAAGCCUCUUUACAGAGGAAAAAUGAUUCAUAUUUUGGAAGCUGUUAUGAAAAACAGAAAUAUUGAGCUACAAAAGAAAAACAUGAAAGAGGGUGAUUUGCACGAGUUUCUUGAGAUUGAUUCUACUCAUUUUGACACUGCUACUAGCUCUGAUGAUUCUGACAUAUCUGAAGUUAGUGAAAAACCAAUUUUAAAUAUAACCAAUGAAAAAGAACAUUUGGAAGAAAAAAAUCUUAGGAAAGAAGAAUCUUGUUCCUCAUUUUCCACUGAAAAACAAGAUGAAAAAUUUGAAUGUGAGGGAACAAAUAGGGCGACAAGGUCGAGAAAAGACGUGAACGAUAAGAAAUCACUCGAGGGAUUAAGGAUUUUGCUUGCAGAAGAUACACCGGUAAUUCAAAGGGUAGCAACUAUAAUGCUUGAAAAAAUGGGAGCCGUUGUUGUUGCUGUAGGUGAUGGACAACAAGCAGUAGACGCUCUCAACUACAUGGUAAGUGCCGAAGAUUGUAGAAGAGAGUCUCUCCAGAAAGAGAGAAAUACAAGACCACAAACCGAGAUUUUGACUUGUCAUCCAUAUGACUUGAUCCUAAUGGAUUGUCAGAUGCCAAAGAUGGAUGGAUAUGAAGCAACAAAAGCAAUAAGAAAAUCAGAAGAAGGAACAGGAAAGCACAUACCGAUCGUUGCUCUAACCGCGCAUGCAAUGUCUUGUGAUGAAGCCAAAUGCCUUAAGGUUGGCAUGGAUGCUUACUUAACAAAGCCAAUUGAUUUCAAGCUUAUGGUUUCCACCAUUCUCUCACUCACUAAACCAGCAUCUUGA